AGGAUUUUCUUAUCAUUGCCUUGUUCCUCCCAAGAAUUCCCAAAGGAAUUGCAAGCUUGAGUUUGCAACGAUUAGAAGAACACCCAGUGAGAUAAUCUUCCUGAUUUCUUUGACUCUGCUCAUAUUCUUCUCUAAUUUUGGCGCAGUAGUUCCCUGUCCCUCUCGCCAUUAAUUUUUCUUUGUCAGUGGAACAGUUGGAUCCAUUUUCGCGUGGAGUAGUUGCAUUUGGUUUGGAUCUUCAUCUCUUUUUCUCUAAAUCCUGCAUUUGUUUCCUCAAUCGUAGUAUUUUCUUCGGCCUGCAACAAAAUUAUAUAUGGUUUUGAAUAGAUUCACACCUUAACUUCUUCUGAAUCAAAUCUCUUAACCUGUUUCUGUGAACUGGUUCAGGUAAUCCUUUAUCUUUGGUUUCUUCAUCAUGGAUCUGCUUUUCAGCAACUCUUCCCUUUUGCUUCUUCGCUAAUCAUGCAUAUGUGAGAUGGAUUCGUGUCAAAUUUGAAAAAAGAGGGGAAAAGUUUAGAUUUUUCUGCUUAAAUCUGAUGCAAUGAAGCUUGCUUUGCUUCUAUUGUUGGCUCUGCUUCUUGAUCUCGCUUCAACUGGCCUCGGCAAGAAUGAAACCGCCGCCAGGCCUGCUACAGUGCACAUCGGUGCCAUUUUUUCUCAUAAUACCACCAUUGGAAGAGUCGCCAAGGCUGCAAUCGACGCUGCCGUGAGCGACAUCAAUGCAGAUCCAAGCAUCCUCCGCGGCACAAAACUGGUCGUGGAAAUGCAAGAUUCCAAUUGCAACAACUUCAUUGGUGUGGUUCAAGCUUUGCAGUUCAUGGAGACGGAUAUCGUUGCGAUCAUCGGCCCCCAGUCCUCUGUAAUCGCCCAUGUCAUUUCGCAUGUUUCGAACGAGCUCCGAGUUCCUCUCGUUUCCUUUUCUGCAACAGAUCCCACACUUAACUCUCUGCAGUAUCCCUUCUUUGUCCGUAGCACCCGGAGCGACCUCUUCCAAAUGGCUGCCGUUGCUGAUCUAGUCGACUAUUAUCAGUGGAACCAGGUUAUAGCUGUUUUCAUUGAUGACGAUCAUGGUCGGAAUGGAGUUGCUUCUCUAGCUGACAAACUUGCAGAAAAACGCCACAAGAUCUCAUACAAGGCGGCAUUACGAUCUGGGGCAACAUCGAGCGACAUCAUGGACUUGUUGGUGAAGGUCGCACUCAUGGGCUCAAGGAUUAUCGUCGUACAUGUGAGCUCAGACAUCGGCAUCAGAAUCUUCUCCACGGCAAGAUACCUCGGUAUGAUGUCGAGCGGGUAUGUUUGGAUAGCAACAGAUUGGCUUGCUUCUCUGUUGGAUUCUUCCUCACUGCUAGAUGCAACGACUAUGGAGGCAAUGCAAGGAGUUCUCGCUCUGCGCCAGCAUACCGCCAAUUCGAAGCUCAAGAAUGUGCUGGUCUCGAGAUGGAGCCAACUAGUGAAGAAUGGAAAGGCUGAAAACUUCAAACUGAACUCUUAUGGUCUAUAUGCUUACGAUACAGUUUGGUUGGUUUCUCAUGCAUUGGAUGCCUUUUUCAGAGAUGGAGGAAGGGUCUCAUUUUCAAAUGACUCGAAUUUACACGACGCGGAGGGAGGGAGCCUACACCUUGAGGCCAUGAGCGUGUUCGAUGAGGGGCAGGUUUUGCUGAACAAGAUUUUGAACACAAGUUUUGAUGGUGUAACUGGUAAAGUCCAGUUUGAUUAUGAAAGGAACCUGAUCCGACCGGCCUAUGAUUUGCUCAACAUAGUAGGAACUGGGUGGAGAACAAUUGGUCACUGGACAAAUUAUUCAGGAUUGUCGAUUGUUCCUCCUGAAAAGUUGUAUGGAAAACCAGCAAAUCUUUCUGCUUCUAAUCAACAGCUGUUUAGUGUGAUUUGGCCCGGGGAUACGAUAUCCAAGCCUCGCGGAUGGGUCUUCCCUAACAAUGGCAAAGAACUGAGAAUUGGAGUUCCAAAUCGGGCAAGUUUCCGACAAUUCGUUUCGGUAUCAUCAAAGAGUAAUGACAUCAAGGGAUUCUGCAUAGAUGUGUUCACUGCCGCUGUCAACUUGCUGCCUUACCCUCUUUCCUACAGAUUUGUAUCCUUUGGAAAUGGCCAUGAGAAUCCCAGUUAUUCCAAGCUUGCUGAAAUGGUUGCACUAGGGGAAUUUGAUGCCGCUGUUGGUGACAUGAGCAUAGUAACGAAUCGAACAAAGAUUGUCGAUUUCACACAGCCAUAUGCUGAAUCUGGGCUUGUAAUCGUCACCCCUGUGAAAAAGAUGAACUCUGGUGUGUGGGCUUUCUUGCAGCCAUUUACCUGGGAAAUGUGGCUGGUCACAGUGUGUUCCUUGCCUCUAAUAGGAGCUGUGAUUUGGAUCCUCGAGCACAGGCUCAACGACGAAUUCCGUGGCCCUCCUAAAAGGCAGAUAGUUACUGUAUUCUGGUUCAGCUUCUCGAGUCUGUUUUUUGCACAUAGGGAAAACACCAUGAGCACUGCAGGGCGUAUGGUUCUCAUAAUAUGGCUGUUCGUCGUGCUGAUCAUCCAGUCGAGUUACACGGCAAGCUUGACCUCGAUUCUCACUGUCCAAUAUCUGUCAUCAUCACUGGGAGGCAUCGACAAAUUGAUCGCCAGCAACGAGCCUAUUGGCUUUCAAGUCGGUUCGUUUGCUGAAAACUAUCUCGCCGAGGAGCUCGGCGUUUCGAGAUCCAGACUAAAAGCUCUUGGCUCGCCUGAGGACUAUGCGAGAGCACUCGAACGCGGCUCCGGCGAGGGAGGUGUCGCCGCCGUGGUGGACGAGCGCCCGUACAUCGACCUUUUUCUCUCGACUCAAUGCAAGUUUGCUGCAAUUGGCUCAGAAUUCACCCGAAACGGCUGGGGAUUCGCGUUCCCGAGGGACUCUCCUUUGGCGGUUGAUUUCUCGACUGCAAUCCUUACGCUGUCGGAAAACGGCGAUCUCCAACGGAUCCACGACAAGUGGCUGAGCACGAGCGCGUGCAGCUCCGAUGGGAACGAGCUCGAUUCUGAAACCCUCCAUUUAAACAGCUUUCUGGGCCUGUUUCUGAUAUGUGGACUGGCUUGUGUUCUGGCUUUGCUCGUGUAUUUCGUAGGCAUGAUUCGCCAGUACUUUCGCCAUUGCCCAGUGGAAGGAACUGAUUCUUCCGCCGCCGAAAGUUCGAGCUCAAGGCGCAGCCUGCGGAGGUUCUUCUCUUUCAUGGAUGUCAAGGAAGAAGAUGUGAAGAACAGGUCCAAGAGAAGAAAGAUUCAGCGGGAAGAAAGCAGUGUUGUUUCGAAUCAAAGUUCUGUUGGUUUUAACUCGGCGAUAUCUCCAUAAUUGUAAAGAUUCAGAUAACUUUAAUUGGGCUACAUAUAGUUUUAUAUAUAUAUAUACACAGAAUUUUGAAUGUGUAUAUUGUUCUUUUUUUUUAAUAUAUUUUUUAAUUGUCCGUCA